GAUCGGUGUUGAUUUUCGGAUUAGUCUCAGUCAGUACAGUGUUUUGAAAAGUUAUAACGCAAAGCAAUUUCCCAACAUGUCACUCGUUCCUUUAAUGUUCCGCGACUGGUGGGAUGACUUUGGAAUCGAUCAUCCUUCUUCAAGACUCUUUGACCAGCACUUUGGCAUGGGUUUAAACAGAAACGAUCUCUUAUCCUCUUUUAGGAAUAGUCCAACCUUACUGCGUGGAGGAUAUUUUAGACCCUGGAGAACAGAGUUGCUGAAACAAGAUUCUGGAUCUACUGUGACUGCUGAUAAAGACAAAUUUCAGAACACAAUCACACCAGCCGUGUUUGAGGUUAUACUGGACGUCCAGCAGUUUAGCCCAAAGGAAAUAACAGUAAAAACUCAGGAUAAUUUUGUGAUCGUUGAAGGAAAACAUGAAGAGAAACAAGAUGAGCACGGUUUUAUUUCAAGGCACUUUGUUCGCAGGUAUAUGCUGCCGGCCGAACACAAUCCAAACGACGUCGUAUCGAGUCUCUCAUCUGAUGGCGUUUUAACAAUCACAGCUCCUAAAAAAGCCUUGCCGCCCCCCAGUACCGAACGUGUUGUCCCCAUAACUCAAACAGGGCCGGCUAAGGAAACACAAGUGCCCGUGGAACAAAACAAAGAAUAAAUAUUAUAAAAAACACAUAUACAUAUAUGAUUGAUAAUCAGAAAAUAUUUAUUUUAACAUUUAAUGGAUAAGAAACCCCUGAUGUGAAAGAGCAUCCCUGAAAUUAAGUUUAAUGUAUGAAUAUAAUAUUUAUUAGUUAUUUAU